AUGUCGUUUAAGACUUCUAUUCGUCGUAAGUGGUGCAUAGCUUCCAACACUGAACAAUUUACAAUAGUAGAAAAUGUCGUACUUAACGAGCACAAUACUCUAAAUAUUGAUUCUCACGGCUGGCUAAAAUACAUGAAAGAUGCUACCUCCGAGAUAAUGUCCCAUUUGGUGCAAAAAUCGUUGAUUCCGACAAAGUGGGAUUUGUCACUAUGUCAAAAAGUAACAGCCAGUUCAUUCUGCAGAAGAAGGUUGCCUGUUAUCAUGGUACGAUGCAAAAUGAGUGAAAACAUUAAAAUGGCAACACAGUUAAUAGAGCAGGGUCAUGUUCGAGUAGGACCUGAAGUAAUCAAAGAUCCAGCAUUUCUAGUGACAAGGAACUUGGAAGAUUUUGUUACUUGGACUGAUACCUCAGCUAUUAAAAAACACACUAUGAAUUAUAACAGUACU